AUGGCGCUAACCACAGACUACUCCCAGCUUGGCGACGUCAUCCACCAGUCGCCCGAGUCACCCUCUCUCUACAAUCAAGCAAAGUACCACACACAGAAACAAAAUUAUUCCUUCUACGACAUAAAGCGCUUUAUGUGUUUGGGAAGCACUAUCCCUGACCAUGCCAAGUACGACGUCGACCUCUUACUAAACCAAGGAGACAAAAAAUGCAAAGACGUCCUAAAUGAGUCCUUCAAGGUCGAGGGUUACAAGUACUGCACUACCAAUAACAACGAUAACGUUAGCUACGCUAAACUGUUCAAUGACCACUACUCUAAUUUCUUUUACUGCAUGCACCUGCACAAUGACGACAGGAAGUGCAACUCCCUCUUCAAGAACUUUUACGAAACGAUUACUAAUGCUCAGCCCGGGGGGAAGAAGUAG